AUGACCGUUGCUAUAGGAUCACCGGCGAAGAAGGCUAUCGAUAGCAUAGAACUUGAAUCUAUCGAAAGUAUCAAAUUUCAAAUGAAGUCUGGUAAUCAGACUUUGAAUCGACGUGACGAAGUUCCCCAAUGUCCGGAUAACCGAUUCCACAUUUUGAUGAAUUCCUUCUGCCUUACCGAAGAUAAGAUUCGGUCCGUGUGCGCGUCCAACGAAUCCCCAGGGACCAUCGCGAACGACGUUGAUUGCCCCGAGAAAACUACCUGCGUGGAUUUUAUAAAAAACGAAGAUCAAUCCCCCUACGCAUAUUGUAUGGACAGCGGUAGCACCAUGCGUUGGAGUAACGGUCACAAUGAUAGCGUCGUCUGCACCUACCCAUUUACACUUGCUGAUGCCUAUGGGUCUAUAACGCUAGGGGUCACCGUAUAUGAUGUCAACCGCAAUACAAUUCAGGUUGACGCAAUAUACUAUGACGUAGGAGAAUCGUUUCAAUCCAAGUAUAAUACCCACAACCUAUCCCUGAUUGUAGAUUACAAGUCGG